UCCUAAUCUCACACCAAACAGGACAGAUGUUCUCUUAGACAAACACCAGGAGCCAGAAGGUAUAGACAAUACAUGUGCAGCAGGACUUUUUUAAACAUUAUAGUCAUCUAAUGUACCACAAAGUGACACGCUAUUAGAAAGCAAAAGAAGAUAUCAAGGAAAGAAAAACUGGCUCCACCAGGUGGCAGUGUCUCCAAGCACACACUGAAACACUGAGCAGAUAAAUGGGCAUGGAUUGUAGUUGAAAUAGCCUGUCAUAUAAUUCGAUGGUAAUCAAUAGCCGCCAAAAAUAUCAAAACCAACAGUCAAAGAUAAAUGCAUAUUUUACGCAUGACGCACAAUUCAGCAGCCCAUUAUCUGAAAUGUCCAUCUCUCUGACUUUAAACCUCCUCUGAUCUGACGUGACAACUGAGUUGAACUUUGAGACCUACUAGACACCAGAGGUAGUGGAGCAGCCGUGAGGUUUCAUCACAGAUCAAAAGGCGAACUGAGACACUCCUUUAAUUAUCUUUCCCCUGCGGCAGCGGAGACAAUGUUGGCUACUAAUAUAUCUCUUUUCAUAGCCAGUAAGUGUGUUUAGCUGGGGAUAUUUCAGAACAUCAGAGCGGCUCUUUUCUUUUCUGUUUUUUAUUUUAUUUAUCUUUUAAGAAACGGCUAAACAUGAUGUUUUCUGCAAUGAGGCCGCCAGUGGAAGUCUCUGUGUUUCUCCUUUCUCUCUUGGGUCCUGGAGUUUUGUACACCAUAAACAACAUCCCUGCGCUACAGGAACCUCUACCCAUCCUGGGGAUGGCCAUGGUUGUCCUGGCAUCUGUUCUCCUCCUCCUCCUCCUCACUGUGCAACACAAGACCAAAGUGGACCCUUUAUUCUAUGUGUUUGCAGAGUUUUCCUUCCUCUGCAUGCUGGGCCUGACUAAUGCUUUAGAGCAGGAUGGCUUCAUCUCAGGCUUCAUGAGCUUCUAUAUAAAGACGGGGGAGCCUCAUCUGAGCACCGCCUAUGCUGUGAUGAUGUCUUACUGGGAAGGUGUCGUUCACUUCGCCCUCUUCCUCGUUAUCAUCCACCGCAUGUUCAAAGGGAAGUCCUAUCGUAGUCUGGCCCUGCUGUGGGCGGGCUCCUCCAUCACACAUCAAAUUGUUCUCAUCCCAGGAGUGGUCAUUGGUAAAUAUGGGUCAAACAUUCAACUAGCCUUUUGGAGGAACAUCCCCUUCUUUCUGGUGCCUAUCUGGGCAGCCUCCUUGCUCUUUAGCAGACCCAGACAGAUGCCAAUCUUCACAGCAGACAAGAUUGCAGCGGAGCAGAACAAAGGUCUGCUGUCCCGGCCGGUCGACCUGCUCCUGUCAGCUCUGUUACUGGGAGCAAUGGCCUUCUCUGCCUUCAGAGGCUUUGUGGUGCUGGACUGUCCUCUGGACGUCUGUUUCACCUACAUAUAUCAGUAUGAACCGUAUCUUAAAGACCCUGUCGGCUUCCCAAGGGUCAUGAUGCUACUGUAUUUUUUCUAUGCCCUUCCCCUGCUGACUGUCUUCAUCUAUGGUCUGAAAACACCUGGAUGCAGCUGGAUGUUGGACUGGACCAUUUUCUUUGCUGGAGCCAUGGCUCAGACACAGUGGUGUCACAUCGGAGCAUCUCUGCACUCCCGCACUCCUUACACGUAUCGAGUCCCAGCAGACAAAUGGUGGCCCGUUAUCACCCUCAACGUGCUGUUUGCUGCAGUGCCGGCUCUGCUGGCCCUACGCUGCCAUGUCAGCCCUGUUUAUUUUAUGAAUCCUGUUCCCAAGGGACAGACCAACAAUGAGAAAAAGAAAAACUAGACCACACACCAGCCGUGGUCUGUCGAGGAAUACUUCAAGGCUAAUAUUCUCU